UAAGACAACCGAAAUUAGACCCGGAUCCAGUGUUACCGGGCUAAAUUAAGGUGUCGGGUCAUAGCAGAGAAGCUGCCAGACGCUAACGAUGAAUGCGAUCCAGUUGCUGUGGGAAGCGAUAAUGAAAGCGACGAAGAAAGAAAGACGGAGAGACGAUGACGACGGCGAAGAAGAGACCAACGAAAAAGCUUCACCGGAAUCACUCGUCCUUCCUCCAGAGAUCAUUACAGAAAUUCUUCUCCGAUUACCGGCUAAAUCGAUCGGGCGAUUCAGGUGCGUAUCAAAGCUAUUUUACUCUCUGUCAUCGGAUCCAGGAUUCGCGAAGAAUCACCUCCAUCUGAUCCUUCGAAACGACGCCGUAAAAUCGCUCCACCGUAAGCUCAUCGUCUCUUCACAUAAUCUAUACUCUUUAGAUUUCGAUUCAAUCCGUGACGGAAUUAGGGAUUUAGCGGCUGUGGAACUCAAUUAUCCUCUUAAAGACGAUCCAAGCAUUUUCUCUGAGAUGAUUAGGAAUUACGUGAGAGAGCAUCUGUACGAUGGUGGAUCUGAGGUUGACGACGAUGAUCGUCGUGUGAUGCUUAAGCUGAAUGCGAAAUCGUAUCGAAGAAACUGGGUUGAGAUCGUCGGAUCUUCAAAUGGUUUAGUGUGUAUCUCUCCUGGUGAAGGAGCUGUUUUCUUGUAUAAUCCAACCACCGGAGAUUCCAAGAGAUUACCUGAAACUUUGCGUCCCAAAUCUGUAGAAUACGGAAGAGAUAAUUUCCAAACUUAUGGAUUUGGUUUCGAUGAUCUCACGGAUGAUUACAAAGUGGUGAAGCUUGUUGCUACCAGUGACGAUAUUCUUGAUGCUAGUGUCUAUUCCUUGAAGGCUGACUCAUGGAGACGGAUCUGCAAUUUGAAUUAUGAGCACAACGAUGGUUUCUACACGUCCGGUGUGCGUUUCAACGGUGCGAUUCACUGGGUGUUCACAGAGAGUAGCCACAACCAAAGAGUGGUUGUAGCAUUUGAUAUUGAAACCGAGGAGUUUCGAGAGAUGCCAUUACCUGAUGAAGCUGAAGAUUGUUCCCAUAGGUUUAGAAAUUUUGUGGUCGGAAGUCUCAGUGGACGUCUCUGUGUGGUCAAUAGUUGCUACGAGCAGCACGAUGAUAUAUGGCUGAUGAGUGAGUACGGUGAAGCUAAAUCAUGGAGCCGAAUCCGGAUCAACUUGUUGUAUAGGUCGAUGAAACCGCUGUGUUCGACUAAGAACAAAGAAGAGGUUCUUCUAGAGCUUGAUGGAGACAUGGUGUUGUACAACUUUGAGACCGACACAUCGAGUAAUCUGGGAAUUCGCGGGAUUAAGCUUAGUGACGGAUUCGAGGCCAAUACGUACGUAGAGAGCCUCAUAUCACCCAACCCUUGUGGUAGAGAGAGCUGAGGAAGUCUGCUUUCUCUAAGAUAUAAUAAACCAACAUUCGGAUUAGCAAUGUUUUAGUUCAGAACAUAAUCUAGUAUUCACAUUGUAAUGCUGCGGAAUGGCAAAUCGAGUGUAAUUGUAUUUAUAUCAGUACUUGUCUAUACAUAUGUAAUGUUGUUCGAAAAAUCAGUGGCUUUUCUAUCUGGUUUAUAGAGGAGCAAAUAACUUAAAGGGACCCUA